CACUCCCCGCCCACCAUGGAUCGACCGCCGCGUCUCGACAUCGACCUCAACGAGGCGCUCUCGCCGCCGCCCUCGCCGCCGUUCCCCCAGUCUCCUCCGCGCGAGCACGCUCCCCCCAUUUUCCCUCCUCCGCCACCGCUUCCUCCACCUCCACCGCCACCGCCGCCCCCACUCCUGCCCCCGCCCCCGCCCCAGCUCACCCCGCAGGUCCAGCUGCUACUCGCGUACGAGGCCCGGGACAUAGCGCUGCGGCACCACCAGGCGGAAUCCAUGAGGCUCGCCACCGCCAGGGCCCUCGCCGCGGCCGCGGCCGCGGCCGCCGGGUCGUCGUCGUCGGCGGCGGGGGUGCCGCAGGCGGCGCCGCACCCGGGGGAGGCGGGCUGGGGCAACCCGCCGCUCCCCUGCGCGUCCUGCGGCCGCCCCGAGAUGCCCGGGGCCACCAUUGUCUGCGACGCCUGCGAGCGCGGCUUCCACCAGUCCUGCGUCCGCGUCUGGCCGCCGCUCGUCAGCCAGCCUCCGCCGCCGCCGCCGGGCCCUCCUGGCCUGCGCCGGCCCCCCGUCGCCGUCAACGAGGACUGGAUGUGCCCCGAGUGCGAGAUGCGCGGCACACGCUCCGGGCGCUGGAGGCUCGGAGCCGUCGAACUGGACAUCAAUGCUGCCCCGCCGCCGGAGGACCCUCUCACCGUCGCCGCCAGAGACAUCGACAGAGUAAGUGUGGCUGAUGGAGCUCAUUUGACUGAUUUUGCUAAUGAGUUAUCCCAUUUUGAGGGGCUUCACUUGAAGAAUCCAACUCUUUUUGAUGGGAAUCAAUUAAUGCCACCAUUUGCUCUUGCUCAUUGCCUUAACAUCAGACAACAAUUUGCUCCCACGGGUCGUGAUUUCAUUGCUGAUGGAAACAUAGAACAAAGGGCAAAUCAUAUACGCCGUAGGAGAAGAGAUCUUCCACAAACACCAACAUUACCCAAGUUUGCUGAGGCGCACGAGUUUGGGAGUCCCAAAAUUUUUAUGGAUCCAUCAUUUUUUAGAAAAGCGACAGAGCCAAGUUCUACAGAAGAAAGAACUCCAUUAAAGCCUCCAAAGUUUCUAGUGGACAGUACUAACCGUCGACCAGAUCAUCGCAGUGUUGGCCUACCUGUUCAAUAUAGAGAUUUCUUUAUUACUAGCUUGGGAGAAAUUGAUAAACGUGCAAGCUACCACAAUUGCCAGCAGAUAUGGCCAGUUGGUUUUACAUCUUACUGGCAUGAUAGAAUUACUGGUUCACUGUUUGAGUGUGAGGUCUCCGAUGGAGGCAAUUUUGGGCCUUUGUUUAAGGUGAGAAGGUUACCAUGUUCAGCGUUCCCACUUCCAGAAGCAUCGACCAUUCUCUCUGAAAAUGGUGUAAGAAAGGCUGAUACGACAGAAACAAAGGAAAGUAGCAGUUUUAUUGGAGAUACUGCUAAUGAUACAUAUGGCAAUAUUUUAAUGCUACUGUCAGAUCCCUCUGAGACCAAUCAAGAUUUAUCAUCAUGUCUUACCAAUGAUACAGGGUAUAAAAGGACUUCAUUUGGUUGCAACUAUGCACAAAAUUCAAAUAUGAUGUCACAGAUACCACCUUCACAUUCUGAGAAUGUUAGUCAGGCACCAGGUAAAGAGGCAAACAUUAAUGACCAAAUUGGUGACUUUACAUUUGAGGGAACGUCAUCUUCCUCAGUAUGGAGGAUGAUUUCUUGUGCUAUGAUGGAAGCUUGUGAGAAAAUAUACAAGGAACACGGGCAUUUGGUGUUCUUGUGCACACACAAUAGUGAAAAUCCUUCAUUAAAUAAAGGGAUUGGAUGUCAGAAUUUUGAUGGCCGUUGCGCUCCCUUAUCUAGAUUUUGCUCAUCCAAUGGCCCCAGCAUACCACGAGUUAUUGAGAAGAAGAAUGAUGUGGAAUCUACUUAUAAUUUACUUAAAGAAUGGUUAUUCGAGGAUAGAAUUGGUCUUGAUUUGGAUUUUGUUCAAGAAAUUCUGGAGUCUCUUCCUAGAUCCAGGGCUUGUUUAAACUACCAGUUCUUGUGUACUAGGGCUGAAUUUGUCUCUUCUAUGACGGUUGCAAGUGGCUCACUUACAGUUGCGCAUAAGGAUGGUCAAAGCAAUGGAGGCACGUCAUAUGGUAGACAUGGAUCUGCGGCGACUGGGCUACAGGUUAAUACUCAGCCUAUUGGUUCUAGGAUCCGCGAGCUACCUCCGGGACGUCCCAUUAGGCAUAAGCUACCGCCAGAGCUGGUGGGAGAUGUUUUCCAGAUAUUGGAAUUUUUGGGGCGCUUCGCUGAAAUAGUUGGCCUCAAAGAAGUGCCUUCAUAUGAACAAUUAGAAGAUGAACUUAUUGACCCAUGGCCAGUUUGUGCAAAUCAGAAAGAGGUGUUGUCUGUCAGUACUCAACACUACAGGGAUCACUCUUCACCCAUGAAUUUCCCUGCAAAUGGUUCUAUAUCCAAUUCAAAUGGUGAAUCAGGUCUAACCAAUAAUGAAGAUAUCGUGUCUGUAUUUGUUCCUGUUGAAACUUCUUGUACGAAGGAAGCUACUCAAGAUGCAUUGCUAGCCCAGACACUUGGGAGAUGCAGCGGUGUAGUAUUGCCCGGGGUCCACCUUACACUCUUUAAGGUUCUUCUUGGUGAGCUAUUAUCAAAGGUGUCGAUUUUUGUAGAUCCAAACAUUGACCCCAAGGAAUCAAAACCCAGGCGGGGAAGAAAGAGGGACACUGAGAGCCUCAUUUCAGCAAAAGAAUUGAACUUUGAUAUGCUAACUGCUAACAUGUUAACUUGGCCUGAGUUGGCUAGAAGGUAUAUAUUAGCUGUCUCUUCCAUACGUGGGUGCAUGGAUUUGUCUGAUAUUUCCAGUCGGGAAGGAGUGAAAUUAUUCCGCUGCCUACAAGGUGAUGGUGGUAUCCUUUGUGGAGCACUACCUGGGGUUGCCGGCAUGGAGAAGGAUGCCUUGCUGCUUCUGGAGGCGGAGAAUUUUUUACGCAGCACUCCAUCAAAUGAUGGAAACAAAGUUAUUAUGAUGGAUUACAAGGAUACUGAUAUGAUAGAUUCUGCAGAGGUACCUACUGCUGAUAAUAGAACAUUGCCAGAUUGGGCCGAACCAUUGGAGCCUGUGAAAAAAUUACCAACAAAUGUAGGAACAAGAAUUAGAAAGUGUGUUUAUGAAGCUUUGGAGAGAAAACCUCCAGAAUGGGCAAGGAAAAUUUUGGAGCAUGCAAUAAGUAAAGAGGUCUACAAGGGUAAUGCGUCUGGACCAACCAAGAAAGCUGUUUUAUCUGUGUUGGCAGAAGCAAAUCUUGCAACAGUGCAACAAAAGAUAGAAAACCCAAGAAAAGAAAGAAAAACUAUUUCGUGCUCAGAGGCCAUCUUGAGAAAGUGUCGUAUUGUCCUGCGCUCUGCUAUUUCCUCAGAUGAAUCAAAGCUCUUUGGGAAUUUGCUUGGAACUACUCUAAUGAAUUCUAACGAGAAUGAGGAUGAUGGCAUCCUUGGAUUUCCUGGAAUGGUGUCUCGCCCUUUGGACUUCCGCACAAUUGAUAUAAGGUUGGCUAUGGGAGCUUACUGUGGAUCUUGGGAGACUUUUUGUGAGGAUGUGCAGGAAGUAAUCCGUAAUCUGCACAUCGCAUUUGCCGAUCGAACUGAUGUAGUGGAAAUGAUUGUAGCAUUGUCCCAGAGUUUCAAAUCAUUAUAUGAGACAGAGGUGCUUGACCUUGUUCAGAAAUUUGAUUGUCACCUGUUUAACGGGAAUGCUGAUUCAGAAAUCCAUGAGGAGCUACAUGGUAUUCUGACUGCAGCAACCAACUUACCCAAGGCUCCAUGGGAGGAUGGUGUUUGCAAAGUAUGUGGCAUUGAUAGAGAUGAUGACAGUGUUCUUCUAUGUGAUAAAUGUGACUCGGAGUACCAUACUUACUGCUUGAAUCCACCACUAGCUCGUAUACCACAAGGAAACUGGUACUGCCCCUCAUGUACGUCAGGUCAAAAGAAAUCACAUCUUGAUCAGGGUGUUCAGGAUUUUAAACAACAAGGAAAGAAGCAUGUCAGAGAGGAAUCUCAUGCCUUUAACAAGGUAAUUAGUAAGUUAGCUGCUGCAAUGGAAGAGAAGGAGUACUGGGAGCUUAGCCCACAGGAGAGAAUAAAUUUGCUGAAAUUUGUAUGUGACGAAAUGCUCAACACAGCUCUGAUUAGAGAACAUAUAGAUCAAUGUGCAGAUAAGUCGAAUGAUCUCCAGCAGAAGUUCCGUUCUUUGAAUUUUGAAUUGAAAGAUUUGAAAUAUAAGGAGGAAAUAAGGACUUCAUAUGCUAGACAAAGCAGAUGGAGCAAAACUGAACAGCAUUUUAACAAUUGUUCUGGACUUGCGGAAAAUCAACAGAAUGGUCUGGCCAUAGCAUCAGCCCAUCUUGAAGAGGCUGAAAGAGGCAAUACUGGAGUGAACCUCAACCACCCAGCUGAAGGGGCUCCUCCUGGGCAAUUGGAUGCUGCAAAAUCUUGCAGAAGCGACAAUGACAUAUCUAUUGUUGGACUUUCUGAACAAACAUCCGGGAGAGCUAGUGAGAUUGAAGUGAUCAUUAUUGAUGAAGAGUCACAAAGUUCCAGGGAGAUUUUAUUAGGUGGUAAAAGCAGUACAUGUGAUGACUUCAAUUCAUUAGGCACUCCUAUUGCUGAAAGAGCACCAGUAGCUUCACCUCUCAGCACCCCGGCUGAGUUGCCUGAUGAAAAUGUUAGCACAUCAUUCCAAGAUAAUCUGAAAACGUCAACAACUAGAUCACUUGAGCAUGCUGCUGAUAAUGAUGAAAUGGAUACUUUGUCGGAUAGGAUUUCAAAAUUGCAGGAUUCAAUUGCCAUAGUAGAGUCCCAGCUUAAUAUGGCAUCCCUCAGAAGAGAGUGUCUGGGAAAAGAUUCCUUGGGUCGACUGUACUGGGUUUUAGGACGACCUGGUAAACGUCCUUUGCUGAUCGCUGAUGGAAGCAUGCUGAUACGCAAGGACAGAGACAUUAGUAUGAUUAACAGCUAUCCUGUGUUUACUUUUGAUUGUAAAGGAUGGAAUUCGGCAUCUGUUUUUAUCUAUGAAUCUGAUGAAGAAAUCCAGGGUCUUACUGAGUGGUUAAGGGAGUAUGAUCCAAGGGAGAAGGAACUGAAAGAUGCUAUCCUCCAGUGGCAAAGACAUCUUUAUCACCAAGGUAGUUUUCCUCUGAUUGAUCCAUCAGUGCCCAAGCUGUCGAAGAGUGGGGAGCUUAUGGACCUUCCAAAUACCAAGGCUGCAGUAAUUUUGGAGCAAAAGUAUGGCUUACUACUUGAUCAGGACACAGGUGAUCUCUCGAGAAGGCGAGGAAAGAAGACAAAGUCGGGUUCUGAAGAAAGAGCAUACCGAUGUGACUGUUUAGAACCUAUAUGGCCUGCUCGCCACCACUGUUUAACAUGUCAUGAGACUUAUUUGACAUCAACGGACUAUGAAGGGCAUAAUGCUGGAAAGUGCAAUACAGACAAUCAUUCUACUAGUGAAAGCAAAGAAAAUGACGAGCCAAAAGUGAAGGGCCCCAAGUCUGAUAUUAAGGAAAAAGAUUCCACUGUCAUUGAGUCAUCUAGUAGCAAAAAAUUGAAGUCAUGCCCAUAUGACUUCGAAGAGAUAUGCAGAAAAAUGGCCACAAAUGAUUCCAACAAGGAGAUUCUGAAUGGUAUUGGACUUAUUGGAUCAAAUGGAGUUCCGUCUUUUGUCCCGUCACCUGCAUUUUUUCUUGAACCUGCAGUUAUCCUGAAUAAAAACAAAAAAGAUGAUGUCCCAAAUGAUUUGACUUCCGCACUAGAGGAAUGCCAGGCAAUGUCAGCACAAAGGGUAGGGCAGGAGGGGUCCAAGUCUGAUCAAAAUUGUUCUGGUAAUACGGGUGAUGCAAAUGUGUCAAGAUCUACAAAGCCCACCCCUGAUAGUACUUCUUGUGAAGAAGCAUCUUCUGCCACAGACAAGCCAACAAGACUGCUCGUUGUUAAUGGGGGCUUGGUUCCGGAGUCAUCAUUGAGGCCUGUUAUAGGAAGAAACACCCAUAUCCUUAAUCAGCAAAAGAUAAAUUUGCUCGAUAUAGAUGCAGCGUUGCCUGAGGAAGCAUUGAGAGCCUCGAAGUCUCAACAGAUAAGAAGACGCUCAUGGCGUACUCUUGUCAAAGGCGCAGAAUCAAUAUCCGAGAUGGUAGUCGCGACCUGCUUGUUGGAGGGUAUGAUAAAGGCCGAGUUCCUGAAGAAUGACUGGUGGUACUGGUCCUCCUUCACAGUAGCUAUGAAGACAUCAACUGUAUCUUCGCUCGCGCUCAGGAUAUACACUCUUGACGACUGUAUCAUCUAUGCCAAAGAUCCUAACAUUGAGCCAGCUGACAGUACAAAGGUUGUAAACAAGGGGAGGAAGAGGAAAGAGCCAGAACCAUCGGCAUCGUAAUCUACGAUGCUCUGUUGUAUACUCCAAAUUUAGAAGUUCCGCGAGCAGUGCAAAGAUGUGAUGCUGCCGUCAGAUAGAUUGAUGAUAGAUGAUACAGAAGUCUUUGGUUAUGUGGUCUUAAGGCUUUAGGGUAGCUUUUGAUUCUGGUGUCCCUGCAAGGGGUGCAACCUUGACGUUCAUUUAAUAAGUCAUGUCCAUCAGACUAUAGCUGUGCGCCUUAGAUAUGUUGUUAUUAUAGGGCCGACGAAGGAGUGACAACAUCGUUGCUAGCAUUUCCUCUUGACGCUGCUAUGUAAAUCGUUCGGGGAUGGCAGCGGCAAGAGCUGGCGUUUAGUCUUUACGCCAGGAGCAGAGCUGCAUGCGAGCGUAGGUUUUCUCUUUUUUGUAAUCUGUUUUGGCUUUCGGGCAUACAGAUGAUGUAUGUUUGGUCUGAGGACCCGGCAAUAUGUUACAUCUUUAGUCACCUUAA